UAGUUUUCUUCAUUUGUUUAGAUUGCGAGGCACACGUGCGGACGUUAGGUAAAGUUCUUUUUACAAUUUUACAAGUCCAGCAUUGUUACACAGCUGUAUUUUUCGAUAUUUAACGAAUGUUUAAAAAGAACCCCAAUUUUCUGACUAUUUAUUGAUUUCGUGAGGUAAAUACACGCACAAAAACCUACAGUUCACAUACAACUAAGUAUUCUAAAUUUCCCUUCAUAAAAAUGGCCGAAGCAGAAGACGACGAUAGUUGGCUGUACGGAGACGAAGAUGAUGGUACAAGUAAUGGGAAGAAAGAAAAUAAGGAAGCGAUUGUUGAAAGUAAUGCCAACAACAAUACAACGGAUGUUGUCAGUAAUGGUGAUAAUGAAACCAUAGAAGUCACACAAAAUACAGCUCAACCAGAAACACCAGUUGAAAACAACAUUACUGAUAAAGAUGGCGAAGAAACUAUGAAUGUUAAGAAAGAAGCAACAACAGAAGUGAAAGAUGGAGAAGGAACGCAAGAUGAUUCAGAUGAAUCUGAUGAUGAUGUACAGGUCACAAUAGGAACAAUUACAACAGGGUCUGGAACGACAGCUGACGGGGCGGGUACUUUCCCUAUUCCGGGAUCAGGCAGUAGAACUUUCUACAGAAAUCCUGUUCAAGUUCUAAGCGCUCCAAAAAGUGCGGUAGGGAAAGGAUUAGAUAUUAAUGCACCAGGAAAUAUUAACGGACAAGCUGUGUUGGAUGUUAACCUUGAUCUCUUAGAGGAUAAACCUUGGAGAAAACCAGGUGCGGAUAUUUCCGAUUAUUUUAACUACGGUUUCAAUGAGGUAACUUGGAAGUUUUACUGCGAGAAACAAAAACGAUUGAGGGCCGGUGGUGACCCUGUUCCUGUUUCAUUGAACACUUCGAACCCUGUAACUUCACCUAAUGGCAGGAACCACACACUGAACGCAAUAUUAUCACGAUUUGAAAACAAACAAUCCAUCUCCACCCCAGUUAUGGUGAACAGAUUCGAGAACACAGUUCGAUCGAUUUCCACUCUUCAGUUCACUCGAAGAAAAGAUGAACUUCUGAACCCGGGAGCAAUUAACUCCACCCCAGAAGCUGCUCCCGUUGUCUCCAAAGCUUCCGCUUCCCCUGCCCAACCUGCUACCCCAAAUCCUUUGUUCACUCUCCCCCCUCAAGUAAAUGGACCACCACCCCCGAUCCACUUUGAUCCAAGCCAACCCCCACCAAGCUUACCAUUAGGCAUCCCCCCACCUGGUUUCCCUCCACCAGGUAUCCGACCCCCUGGGACAGAAUUCCUUCCCCUACCCCCAGUAAGCGGUGGGCCAUUCCUUCAUUCUAACUUCCUACCCCCACCCUCACAGCAACAAACAUAUUACAUACCAGAUGAAAUGGAUGAGAACCAUCAUGGUGGACUUGGACCACCUGACAUGCACCAUAGGAACGACGAGAACUUUCCGAACGACGAAGACGGACGUCACCGCAUGAUAAAGAAGGAAUAUGAUCGUGACCGUGAUCGUGAUAGAGACCGUGACCGUGAUAGGUAUUCACGCAGGCCGGAUUACAGAGAAAGGAGUCGGGACUACAAUCGUGAUCGUGACAGGGAUCGAUCACGUGACAGGGACAGGUCGCGUGAUAGGGACAGAUCACGUGACAGAGAUCGGGAUCGUGACCGUGACAGGAGGCGGAGAGAUGAUAGCCCAUCACGACAUAAAUCAUCACGAAGACGCUACGAAGACGACGACCGGUACAGUAAGCAUAAGAAGUCAAAGAAACACAAACACGAGAAGGAAAAAGAAGACGAGCCUGACCAACCCCCACAGAGCGAAACAGCUCCUUCUACCACCGAGGAGCCGAAAGCAUAAUACAGAUAUAUAGGUUCCACUGCCGAGUAUAUAUAGCAUGUCAUCGCAACGUAAUUUCACAAUUUGCGGCAGGUUUCGCACUCCGCUACGACAAUAUUUUACGGUUUCAAAAUAAAACGUGAUUUCCUUCACAAAAA